GCUGAUGAAACGACUGAGCUCGUUUCUCGACCCCAUCGGCAGCUCCGCUCGACGUUUGAGGCACUAAAAAACAAGCAGAAGAUACGAUCCAAGAUUCAGCUUGUUUUGAGGCUUCCACCCCUCUGUCACUCCCUACAUCAUCACUGAUUGAAGAAAUCAGAUUUCCAGUGCUUGAUGUGUGCCUCCGUGUGUUCCUGCUUCCUGGAUUGGCAGUGGAUGUCACCAAACUAGACUAAAAACCAAACUAAAAAUGUAUUUUCUUGAAUCGAAAUAAAACAUAUUUCAGAAGCCCAUUUAAGGCAACCAGCCAUCCAGUAGGGGAGUCCCCAACAAACUGGACACAAACUACUGAGGGAUGAGCCGGUUCCACGUAGUUUUCCAAAGAUUACAUCCACAAUGGAGGCAGUUCAUUCACCAAGCAAGGCCUCACGGCAGGUUCUUGCUAAGGAGGACAACCCAAGACAGAAUCCUAAAGGAAGACCCAAAAGACACUGCUGUGAUGAUUGCAAGCAAGUCUUCACCACUUCAGCAAACCUGAAGAUCCAUAAGAGAACUCACACUGGUGAUAAACCAUACAGAUGUGAUCAGUGUGGAUCGGCUUUUGCCGAGAAAGCUACUCUAAAGCGACACCAGCUUAUUCACUCGGGAGAAAAGCCUUACAGCUGUGAUCAGUGUGGAGCGGCUUUUGCCCGACAAAGUCACCUUAAGAGUCACCAACGUAUUCACACUGGAGACAAGCCUUACAGCUGUGAUCAGUGUGGAGCGGCUUUUGCCCACCAAAGUUCUGUAAAGAUUCACCAACGUAUUCACACUGGAGACAAGCCUUACAAAUGUGAGCAGUGUGGAGCGGCUUUUGCCCAGCAAAGUGCUUUAAAGAGUCACCAACGUAUUCACACUGGAGACAAGCCUUACAGAUGUGAGCAGUGUGGAGCGGCUUUUGUCCAACAAGGUCAGCUAACGAGUCACCAACGUAUUCACACUGGAGACAAGCCUUACAGAUGUGAGCAGUGUGGAGCGGCUUUUGCCCACCAAAGUUCUCUAAAGAGUCACCAACGUAUUCACACUGGAGACAAGCCUCACAGAUGUGAGCAGUGUGGAGCGGCUUUUACCACAUUAGGUUAUCUAACGAUACACCAACGUAUUCACACUGGAGACAAGCCUCACAGAUGUGAGCAGUGUGGAGCGGCUUUUGCCCACCAAAGUUCUCUAACGAGUCACCAACGUAUUCACACUGGAGACAAGCCUUACAGAUGUGAGCAGUGUGGAGCGGCUUUUGCCCACCUAAGUUCUCUAAAGAGUCACCAACGUAUUCACACUGGAAACAAGCCUUACAGAUGCGAGCAGUGUGGAGCGGCUUUUGUCCAAAAAGGUCAGCUAAAGCGACACCAACGUAUUCACACUGGAGACAAGCCUCACAGAUGUGAGCAGUGUGGAGCAGAGUUCAGUACAAGUCGUAUUUUAAUGGAUCACAUGAAGAUCCACACUGGCGAAAGGCCGUACCUGUGCAACACCUGCGGAAAAUCGUUUAGAAAAUCAUCAACAUUCAAGAAGCAUAAAAUGAUCCACAUGGGCGAGAAGCCCUACGUCUGCAAAACAUGUGGAAAGAGUUACAAGCAACGUUCCACCCUGGUGGUUCACUCGAGGACCCACACUGGUGAAAGGCCGUACCUGUGCAACACCUGCGGCAAAACCUUUACUCAAUUAUCAGGUCUUAUACAGCACAUAACCACGCACACGGGCGAGAAGCCCUACAUCUGCAAAACAUGUGGAAAGAGUUACGGGCAACGUGCCAACCUGGUGAUUCACUCGAGGAUCCACACCGGCGAAAAGCCGUACCUGUGCAACACCUGCAACAAAACCUUUACUCAAUCAUCAAAUCUUAAACAGCACAUAACCACACACACGGGCGAGAAGCCCUACAUCUGCAAAACAUGUGGAAAGAGUUACAGGCUACGUUCCCACCUGGUGGUUCACACGAGGGUUCACACCGGCGAAAGGCCGUACCUGUGCAACACCUGCGGAAAAACCUUUACUGAAUCAUCAUCUCUUAAACGG